GUUGGUGUUUGCCUGCGCGCGUUGGUCGUCGACACUAGGCCAGCGGUACUGCGUACAUGUUGACUAGACCUGUACAAUGUACAAGACUCCGUGGCGUACACCUUGCUUGUGUUGCUGUCUGGAUCCUCUUCUUCCUGCUCUCAUCCCCGUUGAGCUGGCAACACCUCACACGGCGCAAAUCACAGCACGUCUUGUCAUCAAACCAUCUCCUUCUUCUUCAACCGCCGAUAUCACCACUCUAGGUUGCUUCUAGGCCAGACAAGACUCGCUCCCUCACUUCUUCUCGUCCUGUAAGUCCCUGUUGUGAUUUGUCUUUCUGGAUUCAGGUUGCCUGUCCUUGCCGCCUUCAGUCUUACUAGGGAUCCGCGAGACCAAGGUGAGCCGACACAUCGUCACUUCGCCCGUGUCUCGCUCUCCCGCUCCCGCCCGUAUCUUCCCAAUCUCAUCGAACCCUGUAGCCCCUGUCAGCUCGCCCCUCCGGGCGGCUUGCUCACUCUUAAACUGGUUAAGCCCCCUCCGCCCCGAACAGUUCACCCCCUUGCUCCUUCUUAGCCCUGGUAUUCCGCUUGACCCACACGUUCUUUCAUAACAACCGAGAGUCUGCCGCCUUCUCGUUCAUCUGACCCUCAGUCACUCCUUCCUGCAAACUCAUCAGCCCUUUAUCAUCAUCCCAACCCGAGACAGAGAGUCGUCUGAGAGAGCACUUGUAUAGACGCCAGCCGGUCUCCUGGGUUUCCUUGACUGACAACAGGAUCGCUCUUAUGCUGUAGUUCUGGAACUCGAGUCUCUGACUUGAUCGCUCAUACUGCCAUAUCUAGUCGGCAGAAUCACUAAUCUGCCUCUCGCCCAUCUCCGCGGUGUCGACGAACUAGGGACAAUGGAUCCGGAACUAUUGAAGUAUUACCAGCAGCAAUACUACCCGGGCAUGGGCUUUGCUGGCCCACAACACACACAACACCAUGGGCCCCAGUAUCAAGUCUGGAGUCCUAACAGCUACCAAUGGACGGUUCUUCAACAGCAGAGGGCAGCGAUGAUGGUGGGGCCAGGAAGCUUACACCCUUCGAAGCAAACAGAGCCCAAGCCUAGGUUGGCAAAGGACGAGGUCGAGCUACUGGAACGAGAGUUUGCCAAGAACCCGAAGCCAAACACCAGUCUCAAACGUGAGCUGGCUGAACAGAUGGGUGUUGAGGUUCCAAGGAUCAAUAAUUGGUUCCAAAAUCGACGAGCGAAGGAAAAGCAGAUGAGGAAAACAGCCGAGUUUGAAGCACAACAAGCGAGAGAAAGAGCAGAGUCCGAAUCCAAACCCUCCGGCGACCAGGACCAAGGCGCCGUCACCGAGUUUUAUGGUCUAAGCAACCGCCAUCAGCCCCUGGGCCUAUCGACCGCUUCCAUCGGGAGCGAGGAUGGCGCCAACGACGACCAGUCUGAUCGGCAGCGCCCAAAUCUCGAGCAGUCAGAUCUGGCUUUGGCUGGAAAUGCGUCGGCAGCGGCUACGCAAAGUAACGCCUCCCCAUCUGGAUCAAAUAGCGAUGGGUUUGCUCCUGCUGAUUACAACACGCCACACUCGUCCGGACCCCGUGGGUACGGGCUUGUCAGCCAUGCUACACCAACAACCGUCUCGAAUUCAUACGGCUCAGCUUCGAACCAUAUGCAGUAUUCACAGCCAGCCCCAUACUCAUACGGUCUUAAUGGGCCACCACGACCGGUGGAUGGUCUUCCAAUAGCCACCACCAUGCCACAGCAUAAUAGUCUGCUUGGUGAAGCAAAUCAAUUUGGAUCUUACACUGAGCGAACCAUGUUUAUGCACCCUUCCGACGGACCAUUUACAUCGCAAAUGGGAGGCCAGGAUGGAAUUGGAAAUGGCACUGCUGACCAUCCAACGGUCCGCAUGUCGAUCGAGGGUGCGAUCAACUCGGAAAACAUGUCUCCUUCAUCGGGCACUGGUUCGUCUCCAGUGAUAGCGGACCUGCGCCUCAGGUCACCGCCUCCGCCUUCCGACAUUGCCAGCCGCAGAAACCUGCGGCGUCCAGCGCCGCUGGGACCUCUGUCGCUCCGGACCGAUUGCGUUGGAAACGGACCAAAGACAGGUAUCGACGUUGCGCCCCGACGGAUGGACAACGCACGCACGAUCAGGAGGAUGUCGUCGGCGACCGGAAGCUUGACAGGUCGCAUACAAAAAUCUCUGGCCCUGAACUCUGGAGGACCACGCUCUCCGUUUCCCAUCGAUCGCAAGAAGGAGGCCCUGCUACAAGGCAUUCAGAACGUCCAAUCUCCCCCUAUCAUGGCGUCUCUGAACAGCGCCAUGUCCCCGAUGACCAAUGGUGGUUCAGAUGAUGAGCAGGCGUAUACCUUUGGCUCUUGUGGGGCGGUCAGUGGGAUGUCGUCCAUGCCGCCAUUUAAAUCCGAAGCUGGAAUCAAGACACCGCCUGGGACGCCUGGGCUAGGUGUUCACUUCCGUGAUCCAUUCGCGUACUCGGCCCCGGCUGACAACGCUUGGGGUUACGUGUCUUCGGAUGAGCCUCUACCCACCCCUGGCCUGUGCAGCAAUGGGGGCUCUGAGCUGGAUUACUCCAUGGCGCCGCAGCAGCAGUUGUCUGGUUAUGUUACCAGUCAGCCUGUGACCCCUUCAUUUGCCGCCGCCAUCGGACCGACCUAUAACAACGUAUACGGAACCAACGGCGGAAGUCAUCUGGCUAGAAAUACCGAGUAUACCUUCCCGGAGUCGUACCAACCCGAAUCUUCGUCAAGGUGCUCGCCGGCUGGCCAGUUGAGGGCAAAACAACAACAAUUUCAGUUUGCUCAAAACGUCACGCCUCAAGACUUUAGUCAUGAAAAGUGAAGAAGCAAAAGAAAUAGCCGGCCGGACUGAGGCGCAGCUUGCUGGGCGUCUUUCUUUCAGGCUGUUUUGAUUACACGUUUGGGAUGGCAGACUCCUCUGAGCUGCUGGUUUCCCUCCUCACGUGGGUUGACGUAUGUUUUGAGAUGCCGUCAUCUCAUUCCUGUUGUGGUCCUCUUUCGGACGCAAUGUGCCAACACUUUCUCUUUGCAGCAUCUUAUCUUGUCCUCACUACUACUGAGGCGGAUAUAAGUUGCAUACCGCCAGUAUCGUCUCUUGAGGCCGCUCUCGAAGAUCAGGUGACAUUUGUCCCAAGGCAGGAUCGGCUUUGUUCCUCUCUGCAUUGGCCGAAUUUUUUUCCCCAGGACCGAGAGAUGCCAUUCUGCGACGAACCACUUCUCACGCCAUUAAGUUGAAGAGAUAAGGGAGCGUACCCGCAAACGCGAAUACGCGGGGCUCACGAAUCUUCAAAUAACGUCAAUCGCUAUACAUCCCGCUAGGAUAGGGCAAGGUCCAAAAUUAGCGAAACAGUUUGAGAGGGACGUGAGAGAAGGGAUGGCGAGAUGCAAGGUUUUCUUGUGACAGGUCCGAGUGAUAAAGAAGCAUUUUGGAUGCAUUGGUAUGAUGGGUUACAUCAAAGACAUAUAUAUAAACGACGGGGCUACUUUCUGUGGGCGCCUGUCCGCACUUCUCUGGGUUGGAGACAUAUGGAGAACUGGGUUUUGGCCACGGAUACCCGUAUGCAAAGGAACUUGGGAUGGGAGUAAAGGGAGGCAAAGGGGCCUGUGGGAGGUAUUUUUUAUUGUCCUUUUUUUUUGGGUGUAUGUGUGUGUGUGUGUGUGUGUGUGUGUCCGGUGUGGAAAUUAAUGCCGUGAUUAGCCCAUUAUGGGCCUUGAAAUACCGAAGUGGAAGGAGAGGAAUAGUGUCUGCUCUUUCUGGCAGAACACCUUGGUCCGUUCUGCUUCUCGUGUUGUAUUAUUUAUCUCUUUCGGCUGCCCUUUUGUCACUGGCCAUGAGGGAGCGAAAUCAAGAGAUGACAAGCGAAUAUGAAAGAUAUUUCGAGUAUGAAAGAAGAAGAAGAAAAAAAAUCAUAUUUCAU